UGCUCCUGGUUUGGGGCAAUGUUCACUUUCGCUUUGCUGGGGCACUCCAGCUGAUCUUUGUUGUGAUGGCACUGGGGUAGUGAGCCCACCUGGGACAAGGCUGAAGAACCAGAUCCCUGGUUCGAUGCAUGGUUACCUUUGAUCCUGCCUAGCAAGUAGCAAGUGCCUUCGUGUCAUUUUCCAGCCUGUCCUGCAACAAGUCACUCUGUGAGCACUAUGAAUGAAAAAAACAGCUCUGGAGGUGAGGAGGAAGCCUCAGGAAUGGGGAAUGAGACCCUGGGAGAGGCCAAAAGGAGACAAGUGAUCCGUGUUGCCUAUGUGAUCGCAGCCCUAGACCUGACCUUUCUCUUCAUGCAGAUGGGAGUGAUGCCUUACUUGGCAAAGAGCCUAGGUUUGGAUUCAGUGGGGUUUGGCUAUCUCCAGACCAUCUUUGGUGUCCUCCAGCUCAUGGGAGGUUACAUUUUUGGAAGGUUUGCAGAUCAGUUUGGUGCCCGAGCAGCCUUAAUUCUCUCCUGUGUAUCUGCAAGCGUCUUCUUCCUGCUUAUGUCCCUCUCCACCAGCAUCCCCCUCCUCUUCCUCUCCAGGCUGCCAGGAGUGUUCAUGCAUGGGAUACCAGGUGCUCAGAAGGUUAUUACAGACAUGACUACUCCUUCCCAACGUGCUGGUGCUUUGGGGAAGCUGGGCUUUUGCUUUGGAGUGGGCAUCAUUGCUGGCUCUAUCCUAGGAGGCGUUCUGUCCACCAGAUUCGGCAAUUAUGUUCCUACAUAUGUUGGGCUGGUGGGCAGUCUCAUCAACACCCUGAUAGCCAUGGUUUGCAUCCCUUCGCAGACUAAACCACAGCCAGACCAGCACGGCACAGAGCACAGCACAUCAGAGUCUGGCAGCUUGUUCAGCAUCAGAGAAAUCCUGCGCCUGAUGAAGUUCCCAGGGGUAAUGGAAGUUUUCAUAGUCAAGGUCUUUGCUGGACUUCCCAUAGGUUUGUUCAUGAUUAUGUUUUCCAUCAUCUCUAUGGAUUUCUUUGGCUUGGAAGCAGUGGAGUCUGGAUAUCUGAUGUCAUAUAUUGGUGUCCUUCAAAUGGUUGUCCAGGGUUUGGUGGUCGGGAAGCUCUCUAGUCGCUGCACAGAGAUGACCCUGCUCAGACUCGGCGUCUUCGUCUUUGCCGGCGUGGGCCUAGGCAUGGCCCUGAUGAGGACCGUGUGGCACUACUGCAUCAUUGCAGUGCCGCUGGUGUUUGCCUUCAGCAUGCUCUCCACCAUCACCGACAGCAUCCUCACCAAGGCCGUGCCCUCCUCCGACACUGGUGCCAUGCUUGGGAUUUGUGCCUCAGUGCAGCCCUUGACCCGGACGGUGGGUCCAACCAUUGGUGGAGUUUUAUAUAAACAAUUUGGAGUCUCCUCCUUCGGCUAUUUACAGCUAAUGGUCAAUUUAGGUUUGUUUGUUUACCUCUUGAAGAGUAAAAUCCCACUGGGAGAGAUGAAAAGCCAAUAAAACAGUUGCAAGGAAGUAACCCCCUUGUUUUUUCCAUAGAAAUAAAUUCUUGAGUUUUAUUUUUGAUUCCGUAAACCUAGAAUAAAACAAUUUGAACAAUCCUU